AUCGUAGAUUCAGGUGCUUCCUGGAGCCAUAUGAGAUCAGGGUGAUUAACAUUGCCAUUGUUUUUUUUAUAGUUUUAUUAGGUUACAAUUACAAGAGCUGGGUAUUUCCCAGAAAAAUAAUAAUUAGUUAUUUAUUGGCAAAAUAAACUAAAAGUCUUCUUAAGGUUGGGGUGAUUAAGAAUCGUUAAAUAUAGAAAAGGAACGAGUUGGCGUGCAUUUUCUCUGUUAUUUCAAUCAGCGUAGCAAUUUAGCAAUGUUGAAUUGAAAAGUUUAGGGUCAAGAAACGUCAAAUUUUGAAUGUUCUCACGCUACGCGGGUGACUCUGCUCAGGUGUUUCCCAGUGGCAGCAUAGCAAAUGGAAGUAGAAAGGAUUGAAUUGCUUAGUGGAGUUGAGGAUCAAUAUGGAGGAGUCGUUGUAAACAUCGAGGACCCUAUGGAUUCUAUGCUCUUCUCCUCUAUAUUGGAAGCUUCAAUUUUCAAUUGGAGGCAACAGGGAAAGAAGGGGGUCUGGAUCAAACUACCUAUACAGCAUUCAAAUCUUGUCGAUUCAGCGGUCAAGUCUGGAUUUAGGUAUCACCAUGCUGAGCCAGAUUACUUGAUGCUUGUACGUUGGAUUCCAGAUACUCCUGAUACCCUUCCUGCAAAUGCUUCUCAUCGCAUCGGUGUUGGUGCUUUUGUCCUUAACAACAACAAGGAGGUGCUUGUGGUUCAGGAAAUCGGUGGCAAAUUCGGAGGCACAGGUGUAUGGAAGAUGCCUACAGGAGCUGUUAAUGAAGGUGAGGAUAUUUGUGAUGCUGCAGUCAGAGAAGUCAAAGAAGAGACAGGGAUAGAGACAAAGUUUGUUGAGGUUUUAGCAUUCAGGGAAAGCCAUAAGUCGUUCUUCGAGAAAUCAGAUUUGUUCUGUCUUUGUCUGUUGCAACCUCAAUCGUUUGAAAUUCAGAAUCAGGUUUCAGAAAUUGUGGCAGCUAAGUGGAUGCCUUUUGAAGAUUAUGCUGCCCAGCCUUUUAUGCAAGACAAUGAGCUCUUUAACUUAACUACAAAAAUAUGUUUUUCAAAGUUGGAUGGCAACUACACUGGUUUCUCUACCGUGCGUACUUGUACAUCUUCUGGCAAAAAGACCUAUCUCUACUUUAACAACCGGGAUGCUAACCAUUUGUUAGCUUCCAAACAGGAACAAGCUUGACACACACACACACAUAUAUAUAUAUAGGAGGAAUUUGUUUAAUUCAUUACUAUACUUAUUUCGUUCAAUAACUCAUGUUUUACAUUAAAUUUUAAUAAUUCAACUAUUGAAUUAAAAACUUUUAAUAUAUAGAUCAAAUUUACAAA